UUGGAAUUUGCAUUACAUACGAGUGUCUAUAAUGGAGCUAUAAAGGGACAAUCUAUUGUUAAUCGAUUGGAAAGCUUUAAAAUGCUACAAUGAAAGCGCGCAAUCUAUCAACAGCAAAGAGACAUGACAUUUGCACACAUAAAUUAUGGACGAGGCACUUAACACAAUUACACAAACAAUUACAUGGCGCUCCAACAAUGGUAUUGAAAUGUGAAUUCGAUAUCUGCGAUUAACAAACCAAACGCUGAAACAGUUAUUAAAAGCUAAAGAACACAAUGGCAAUCAACCAGUAGUAGAACAACAGCCGAAUCGAAAAUUUUAAAGUCGAAGUGCUGCCGGAAUUUAAUCUUAAAUUACGCGACGGCAACCAUAACUUUUAGUUAAGGGCAGUAUCGUCUGUAUGCAACAGGAUUCUUUUCAACGCUACUUCAACAGUAACUUCAUUGUGGAUUGUAUACUACAAGGUGGCUACCGCGUGAACACAUGGCUGGGUAUAACCGCCUAUGUAUACCAACGCGCAGUGCCACAUAAAAGGCGAACUGAACGGCAACAUCGACACGGUGGUCGGCGAUUUAAAUUUCGGCAAAAAUCGCGACCGCCGUUAAAUACGCAAAUCUCCCAAGUGUAUUUUUCGCGCCCAUUACGCUACUACAGCCUCUUCAUUCUGCUGAUCGUAAUGUUCUCUUUGGAAUUUGUGGCGCGUACAAUGUACUUCAAUCAGGUUUUUCUCCGCAACUCAGCAGUGCUGUCCUUUGUCGGCUUCAGCCGCUUCACAUUCUUGCACAUAUGUGUCAUCGGCACGCUAAUACGUCAAUACCGCAAACAACGGGAGCUCAUCACGUGCACCAAUCGCAUGCUGCGUUUGCAGCGGCGCAUAAGCCGGAUUGCCAGCCAGCUGGGAAGCAAUGCAGGACACAUCCCAUCGCGGCCACAAUAUGACAGAUACACGGCGUUCAUGUUAUGUUGCAAGCUGAUACCGUUACUAUUGUCACCCACAUGGACUAUAUUCAUUGUGCGGAUAGAGCAUGUGCUGCAGCGUCCCGUAUACCUCGUUGCGCUGCUCAUCCUCUACUAUUGCCAGCUGGCUUUGCAGUUAACGCUCGGCACUUACUUUGUGAACACCUUGAUAUUGGCGCAGCAAAGCAAGAAGGUGAAUACGCUAUUACGAACAGUCUAGCAACAAGCCGCUAAGUAUUCGUUGCACUUGCGGCCAUUCAAUACGCGUUGUCGAUAUCAGUUUCACACGCUGGUGUACAUAAUAAAGCGACUGCGCGCCGCUCACGAGGCAAAUACUCAAAUC